AUGAAAGAGUAUAUCCGCAUCGUCGCGCUAGCCGCGUUUUGCGCUGUUCCCGCGGCCGCUCAGUUGGCUACCUCUGGGCCCGUAGCUUCCGUCGAUAAUAUUCCUCCUGCACCUGCGACCAACCUACAAGCCACAUCCGGCGAUGAUCUAUCCGUAUCGGUCUCUUGGACGCUAUCAACAGAUGACGCUCGUUCGUUCACGACCUUUGGUGACCAGGUGGUCCCCACGGGCGAUGUACACGGCUAUCGCGUGUACCGGACGGAUUUCUUCCCGCCCGUGGACGAUAGCGGCGAGGUAGUGCUCGGCUGGUUUACGCGCGAGGGGGACAGAGUUGACUUCGACGACUUCUUCCUCUUAGCCGAUCACUUCGGCUCUUCUAACGCCGAUGCGGAUUUUGCCUUGUUCUUCGAUAUAGUGCCCAAUGGCCAAAUUGAUGUCGAUGAUUUUUUUCGUUUCGCCGAUGAUUUCGGCAAGGCUGUAACUCAGGAACAGGGCAGUGAAAGGUUGAUCGCCACCCUGGGGCCGGGUGUCUCCGAAUUCGUCGACAGUGAUGUCGUCAGUGGAGCCUCCUAUGCCUAUGACGUGAGGGCCUUUGACGGAGACAACGAAUCUGGCGUUGUCGCACCUUUUGCUUCCAAUGAAGAUGUAGCUCGGACGGCGAUGACCGUCGGUGUCGAUCAAUAA